AUGUUACUGUACCAUUGCUGUGGCCUGUCAGUGCAGACUGUGUAUAAUAACUGCGUGCAGGGGUGAGCCCCCUGCGAUACUAUUGGGGUGAGCCCCCAUAUACUCUCCCGACUACCUUAACCAGGGCUUCUGUGCCAUAUGGGACUUGACAGGGGUAAUUCCACAGAUUAGUGGUACCUCUCUCCACGCAUAUAUUACAGGGUGAGCCUGGCGAAUCAGGGGUUUUCUCCUUUGGCUUUUGGAGACUCUCAACGCCUCCCCAUAUUUACAUAGGUAAAACCCCUUUGUGUAUUAUAAGCCGCUCCUACCGACCGGCUUUUGCAGGCAAGGCCUAUACACAUAUACGGCCUCCAAAAAACAAACCCCCAUACUGUAUAUUGCAAGGGGACCUCUCCCUGACUUACUAACAGGCAGAGUAACAGUGCCCUCUCCUUUACAGGACGACACGUGUAAUGAUAUGUCGGACUUACCGCAACAGAUGCAGGACUUCCAGUCCAUUAUCAGCGCCGUGGUGGCGCCCUCCAUGGAAAAGGUCAUAUCUAAGAUGCUGACACAACUCCCUCCAGAUAACAGCUCUAGGGGUAUCCUACUUCAAGAGCCGGAAGAAGCAUUGGGCUCAGAGCUUUCCACAAAGGACCUCCCGCCCCUGCCUAAGCGGCACAAGAAGGGCACCACGGGGCCAUGA